ACUAGUUAUUCUUGCUGCUACACCAAAAGCAGCAGCGCAGCAGCAGCAGUAGCAGUACUAGGCUGAUGGCAAGGUUUGGUGUAUCGCCUUCGAAAAUCGAGCUUCCUUCAUCACUAGUACUACUUUCUCUACUGCUUGUAGUAGUACAAUUCCUAUGUUAUCUGCAACCAACAUUCUCAGAAGUUAUAUUUGAAGAACGAUUUGAAGAUGGUUGGAAAAGCAGAUGGGUGGUAUCAGACUGGAAAAGAAGAGAGGGAAAAGCAGGCACAUUCAAACACACAGCAGGAAACUGGGCUGCUGAUCCUGAUGAUAAAGGUAUUCAGACCUCUGUUGAUGCAAAGCAUUCAGCAAUAUCAGCAAAAAUACCAGAAUUUAGCAAUAAGAACAGAACAUUAGUCCUUCAGUAUUCCAUCAAACUCGAACAGGAUAUCGAAUGUGGAGGUGGUUAUAUAAAGAUUUUAUCUGGAUUUGUCAAUCAGAAGAAAUUUGGUGGAGAUACUCCUUACAGUUUGAUGUUUGGACCAGAUAUAUGUGGAACAGAUACAAAGAAGCUUCAUCUUAUCUUAUCCUACCAAGGCCAAAACUAUCCUGUAAAGAAGGAAUUGCAAUGUGAAACAGACAAGUUAACACAUUUUUAUACAUUCAUACUUAGACCAGAUGCUACUUACAGUCUUCUUGUUGACAAUCGAGAAAGAGACUCAGGAAGUCUCUAUACAGAUUGGGAUAUCCUUCCUCCCCGAAAGAUCAAAGAUUUCAAAGCUAAAAAGCCUGCUAAUUGGGAAGAAAGAGAAUAUAUUGAUGAUCCUGAUCAUGUCAAACCUAAGGGUUAUGAUUCAAUACCAUCAGAAAUUCCUGACCCAAAUGCCAAACAGCCCUCGAGUUGGGAUGAGGAUGAGGAUGGCUUAUGGAAACCUCCAAGAAUACCAAACCCGGAUUACAGGGGACCGUGGAAGCGAAAGAAAAUUAAGAACCCGAACUACAAGGGGAAGUGGAAGACUCCAUGGAUUGACAAUCCAGAGUUCGAAGAUGAUCCUGAUCUGUAUGUGCUGAAGCCUAUCAAAUAUGUGGGUAUAGAAGUCUGGCAGGUGAAAGCAGGAUCAGUGUUUGACAACAUUUUGAUAUGUGAUGAUCCAGAGUAUGCUAAACAAGUAGUUGAUGAAGUUUUUGCCAAUAGAGAGAUUGAAAAGGAGGCGUUUGAAGAAGCCGAGAAAGUAAGAAAAGCACAAGAAGAAGAGGAAGCACAAAGAGCAAGAGAAGAAGGUGAAAGGAGGAGAAGAGAUAGGGGUUAUGAUCGUCGUUCACGACACAAGGAUCGCCACAGAGACCGUUACAGACGUCAUCAUCACCGCGACUAUCUGGAUGAUGAUGAUCAUGACGAACUUUAAGGGCUCUUCAAGAAUUACUCACAUAGUAUAUCUCUAUCGAUGAGAAUGAGAAUGCAGUUUUGUUCCGACUCCUCGUAGCUGUCGUUCUUCCUGUCAAAGGCAGAUGCAUUAUUUCCAGUUCUAUAGAAACAUUUAUGGAUUUUGAGUAGAAGGAAAGUUUCCUCAUUAUGUAGAGUCAUAGAUACUGCAUAUAGUGUAAGAUCAAAAGAAAUGUAUUUCUGAGUUCAUACGAAAUUGAAAAUCUUAAGAAUCUCAUGAAACUGCAAA